CCUGAAGUGACAUGCUGACAUGCCGAGCUGUACCCGCCUUGCUCCGCCUGUUCAAAUAAGAGGCAGCAGCCGAGCGCAGCGUGUGAUGGGCGAUCGCAUCGCGGGGUGGGCCCGCAGGAGAUGCUUUUGCAAACCUUCCCUCUCCCAUCCCGAUCACCUCAGCUCAGUUAGUGCAACCUUUUCAGGGGGGAGGAGGCUGCGCCGUGCUCCGGGGGGAGGAGGUGGCCAGCAUGGCGGCUUGUGGAGUUCACUUUCGCUCCGGUGAUUGUACCAUCCCGGAUCUGGGAGUGUGAGGAGCUGGCCUUUCCCCUCACUUCCCGGCACUGGACAGAAACCUUCCAAAAAAAUACACACUCACAGCAGCCAGGCGCAACAGUCCGAGAGAGAGAGAGAGAGGGAGAGAGGGGGAGAGAGAGCAACUCUGUGGAUGGAAGGCACGAUGCAGCCUCACGCCGGACUGCUCUGGGUUCUUGUGAGUUUGGUUGGACAGAGCGUCACCUCCAAAGGCAAUAAUCUCCGGGACACGGGACAAUGUGAGCUCCCCAAGUCGCAAACAGAAAUGAACUCGUUCCUCUGGACGAUCCGGCGAGAGCCCCCAGCGUAUUUAUUUGGGACCAUUCAUGUCCCUUACACCAGAGUGUGGGACUUUGUGGCGGAUAACUGUAAGCGGGCUUUCCGGGACAGCAACAGCGUGUACUUCGAGCUCGACCUGACCGACCCGUACACCAUCUCAGCCCUGACCAGCUGUCAGAUGCUGCCUCACGGGGAGAACCUGCAGGAUGUGCUGCCUGGCGACCUGUACCGCAGACUCAAGCGGCACCUGGACUAUGUGAAGCUGAUGAUGCCUCUGUGGAUGACUCCGGACCAGAGGGGCAAGGGGCUGUACGCGGAUUACCUGUUCAACGCCAUCGCCGGCAACUGGGAGAGGAAGAGACCCGUCUGGGUGAUGCUGAUGGUCAACUCGCUGACCGAGGCCGAUAUCAGAUCCCGAGGGGUGCCGGUCCUCGAUCUCUAUCUCGCCCAGGAGGCGGAGAGGAUGAAGAAAAGGACCGGGGCGGUGGAGCGGGUCGAAGAGCAAUGCCACCCUCUCAAUGGGCUCAAUUUCUCCCAGGUCCUCUUUGCUUUAAACCAAACUCUGCUGCAACAUGAAAGCCUCCGAGCCGGCAGUUUGCAAGCCCCUUACACAACAGAGGACCUCAUCAAACACUACAACUGUGGGGACUUGAAUGCUGUCAUCUUUAAUCAUGAUACAUCCCAAAUGCCUAACUUUAUCAACACCACCCUCCCGCCACAUGAGCAGGUGACAGCUCAGGAGAUAGACAACUAUUUCCGCCAGGAGUUAAUCUACAAGAGGAAUGAAAGAAUGGGCAAAAGGGUGACAGCUCUUCUGGAGGCAAAUCCAGAUAAAAGCUUUUUCUUUGCAUUUGGAGCAGGUCAUUUCCUUGGGAACAAUACAGUGAUUGAUGUCUUAAGGCAAGCAGGCUAUGAAGUUGAGCAUACACCUGCAGGACAACCAUUUGAACUGAAAAAAACAGAGAAAAGUGGAUUAUCUUCAGGUAGUUCAUCACUUCCAUCAACUUCUUCCGCUCCAGUCGAUUCCAUGGAAGAUUCCAUGCCACUUCCUUCUGAGACUUCUCCUAUUGAUUUAGAUGAUGACAUCAUUUCUCCUCACCUCCUGAUGCCAGACAGCCUUAGUCAAUUGGAAGAGUUUGGCCGCCAAAAGAAGCGACAGAAGAAGCUUCCCAAGCCACAGCGGCAACGACAGUUCAGUGACCUAUGGGUUCGCAUUGAAGAGAGCACAACAGUCACGCCAUCCAAUAUCAGAAUUAUCAAUGGUUACAUCACAGUGGAACCUGCGCAUGAACGUUCACAUCAAAAGGAGCAGCGUCCCACUUUCAACACUGCCUCUGUGGCCACAGCUUCAUCAGCAACUGUGCUCCUUGGGGGGGUAGUCUGUUUAAUCUGGAGUCUACUGUGGCCUUCCUGACCUUCUGCACAUGCAAUGUUAACCCAUGACUUUAAGAGAAAAACCCUUAAAAGGAAUUUCUGGUGUUAGCUGACGGAGCUUUUUGUCAUUAAAUAUAGGAAGUGCCUGUGCCCUCAGCUUGGUGGACCUCACAAGACUUAUUUGCAUCAGAACUAUCAUGUUCAUUGUGAUGAUGCAGGAGAAACUAAAAUGAGACUCAGAAACUCAAACAGCCAUAUGGUGACAGCAUCUUCUUUUUGUAGAAGGAUAUUUUCCCAUGAUGCUAUGGGACAUUGUAAAUUUACUUCUGAAAGUCUAUAUGUUCAAAUAAUGUAUAUUUAUUCCCCGUCGAAGUUAAUUUUUUUGUUACGUAUAUGACUCCAAAACAAAUGAAAAGUCCAGAGCUCUAAAAAGCUAUGAUUUAGUCUGUUCAAGGAAGGUUCAUAUUCUCCCAAUUGUCAACUUUUUGGUUAUAUUUAUUUGUUCAGAAAUGUAUUAGCUGAAGAUUCCUUCUGAGUCCCACUUUAAUGCCUUUAAUGAUUCAGCUAAUGUUCAGUUUAUCCUGCAGAUCUGAAGAUAACUGCAAGAUGUCUGGUCCUGUUCAUUCUUUUUAAAGCAGUGAUUCAUAAAGAAGAAUGGGAUGCUUUCCUGCAGAACCAUGGUUAGUAAGUCUCACAUCUGAACCUUAUAAAUAAGCAUGUCCCACAUCUAAAUGAAGACCUAUACUCUUACUGAGAUAACAAAGCUGAUAUUACAGAAGCGUCUGCCUCAUCCAGUCUAUUAAAGAUUAAAAUCACACUACAUCUGGGCACCCACAUUAUAUAUCGUUUCAUGCCUCUGCAACUAUAGUGGUUAAAAAAAGUUAAUUCAUAUUUACUGAGUUAAACCUACAUUGAAGAUUAUACAUACUAGCACGGAUGUCUUUUGGGGCAGUAGUUGAACCUGGAGCUUCUAGCUCAGAGAUACAAAUACCCACGAGGCCGUCUUGGCUGUGGGAGAAGCCUUCAUGAUGCAGUUUAAAAGUUUGAUCAGUCUGUGAAUCUUUCCAUCAUUUCACCGUUAUUCUUCAAAGGGAAGAGAUGUUUGCAUGAAGAUAGGAGAAGAAAACACAUGCAAACAAGUUUGGAUUCAUAGUAAGUUUAAGCUAGUUGAGAAAGAAUUUAUUUGUAUAUAGCACUUUUGAUGGCCUUGAGAUAUCUGAAUAUCCUUCACAGUCCAUGAAUUACAUAUCAAAUGUAAUCACUAUUUGUUAAUCAGGAAAUCACAUCAGCCAAUCUGCAGCAAGAGGAGGUUCGCAAACAUCACUGAAUUAAUCUGUUUUGAUGUUGUUGCUCGAAUGAUCAAUGCACCAUAGAGACUCCCAAGUUAUUUAAGUAAUAUCUUCAAUAACCAUAUGAAGAGUCAGAUAGGGCCUUUAACAUGUCAUCAAAAAGAUAAUACUGAGCAAUAUUAUAUUUCCUCAAUAGUUUAUACUUUAAUAUUACAUUGAAGCAUCAGCCUAUAUUGCAUGGUCAAGUCUGCAGUGGAACUUGAACCUUUGAGGGCCUCACUCAAGAAUGCUACCUACCACUAAGCAAAGCUAAAACUCAUAUAAUCCAGUGACUCUGACACUUUCAAGGGUACAUACAUCACCUGAUGUGAUACAAAGCUGUGCAGAAUAAUAUUGCAAAAACCGAAGGAACUACAGACGCUGUAAAUCAGAAGUAAAAACUGGAGUUACUGGAAAAGCUCAGCAGGUCUGGCAGCAUCUGUGAAGAGAAACCAGUUGAUGUUUUGGGUCUGCUGACACUUCGUUAUAACAGAAUAAUAUGAUCCCCCAGGUUUGACGUCUGAGCUGAUCUUGGCUGAGACUGCAAUAACAACACAAGUGGCCUCAACACCAGGAGAUAGAGAUAUUAAAAAUGACUGGAGUUGCUGAUGGUUAUCUUUGAACCUGCUGGAGAGUUCUUAUGGACUCCUCGGUGCUGAUGUUGUUUGUUAUUGUUUAAACUGAUAAGUGAAAUGUAGGUUUUUGCAUGAGGUACUGGAAAGCAGUUGGCUCCUUUGGGAAUGUACCAUAAUCUAAUCAGGAUCUUUAGGAUGAGUGAAGGGAAUAUAGAAUCUGAUGUUUAAAGCAACAGGCCCUGUGAUUGCUGAGUGUCCACACCCCAGCACCACUUGGUUGUAGUGAUUGGUUCCUCCACCAGGCCAAGACCUAAACCAGAAAUGCUCCCUGCAACUCCAGAGAUGGGAUAGAGAUGGGAUCUGCCAGCUCUGGAUUGGCUAGCAGCCCCUGCGUGGGCAUGUUGGCAACCAGAGCCCAAUCUGUGUCAUCUAUCCUUGCUAGGCAAACUUAUUCUGCCUGAGGCCAUCAGUGUGGGGGUUCAGGGUGUCUUCAUGAACUUUUCUGCUCAGUCCUGCCCUUACGGAAUUGAUCUUUUAUUUUUGGGUAGAUAUUUGGGUUUUAUAAAAGUAACAAGAGUUCUAUUGAAUCCGUACAAUGGUUUAAUAGCUCAACUUCAUGUCGGAUUUCAACUAUUAACUCUCGUUCUCUAUCUUGCAGACCUUAGAAUGCUGAGUUUCUCCUGGAUUUUCCAUGUUUGUUUCAAAUUUCCAGCAUUGGCAAUAAUUUGCUUUCAUACAAUUCCAACAGUUGCCCGGAACUCUCCUCAGAAAAUGCCUCAGUUCACAUGAGAGAUUGGAUAGAGGAGAAAGUGGUGGUAAACAUAAAAUUUUCCCACUAGUGAAAUUUAAAUAACACAACUAGCCAGCAUAUAUUAUGCACUGAAGAUUUGCUUUUGCAACUUACGGUAUAUUUACAAGAUUCAGUUUCAUUACAAUGAAAUCAUAUCUGUUUCAGACCCUUGGAAUACACUGAAUAGUUAGUGCAUUCCAUCAGUCUGUAUGGUUUCAAACAUCUCCAGAAUUCAAAGGUUGUUCUCUUUCUUCUUUAUGGUGGCACUUUUCUUACAGACAUUUCUUUCAGUUGAUAAGUACAUCUGAUAACCAUCACUUGAAGUCCAUUGCUAAUGCUCAAGAUUCAUCAUUACUUGAAGUAAUCGUAGGAGUGUUUAAAGGAGAUCUUUUUGUGAAUUGAUUUAGAACUGAAUUUUCAUUUUCUGUCAAAGCCAUGUUCCAUUUCACUGCCAUGUUAGAUCAUAAAAAUAUUUUCUGUGUAGAAGGUGCAUCAUUUGUUGUAAGUGAUGGCAGAUUAACUGCCUAGACCCAGGGAAAUUCUCUGCGAUGAACUAAAAUAGAUCAAAUUGAGCUGAAAUCGGCUAUUUCCUCCAAAGCUCAAAACAAAAUUUGGAACAAGUACUGCUGCAGAUGUUGAAUUACUGUGAUACAAUUUUGCAAAAACGUAAUUAGUCUGUGAUAUGGGAUUAUUACAUCAAAGUUAGAGAUGUCCCAAUAAAAAUUACGGCCUGACUGUACUGAACUCUUUGGAUUGAAAUCACCAAUGAUGUUCUUUGUCCUGCGAUGUAGAUCACCUGACUAUUAGCACUGGUGUAUAUGACUGCGGCAUGUGCACUCACAUGGACACCAUCUAUUCGACCUUCAUUAAUUCUCCUUUCUGUCAUAUUUUGUACUUCAUUAUUCAGUAUCUUGCUUUUUGCAUUUUAGCUUAAGUGAGAUUACCUCAUUCUUAAGGUACUUUCUGCUUCCUUGGUACAUGCCGGACACCUAAUGUGUAGGUGUUCCAGCGAGUAAGACAAGAAUUUUCUCAACUGUGAUGCCUCACUGAUUAUAAUAGUCUGCCAAAACUCUCCAUCAAAGAUCACACAAUGAAAAAAGGUCAACCUACAUGAAGUACUAAAAGGUUGCUACCACAACUGGAUCAAGGUCCCUGCAAUGCCUGGCUCUGCUGGGAAAGUCAGCACAAUUUGGAUUUCAGAAAAAGAUGAUUGCACAUCAAUUUGUCUUCCUUAGUCACAAAAAUGCAUAGUGAGCAUCCACUGGUUUGAUAUCCUGUGGUUGAUCAGCCAUCUAGGCCAAGUUAUUACUAAAGUGCUAUUACAGAACUUUUAUGUCCUCUUUGAUGGUAUUUAACACCAAUUCUGAACUUAACGUCGAAGAUUGUUGAGAGGAAAGGAGGUAUAAUGCCAAUGCUAUAUGGGAGCUUUACAAACUUAAGGCUGUUCCAGAUCAGUUUCUGAUUUUUUUUUAUGUUGAUGAGAGAGCCCAUUGCCUUUCUGUUCCAAUGACUUCUUUGGAGAUGAGUCCCUGCACUUUUUCCAUUGAUAAUUUUUUUUUUGAAUGUUACUACAACUGUAAACUGAUCUUAUGGAAAAGAACACACCUGUGUGCACACCAAACAGAAAAUGGGUUAUGAAUAAAUUGGUACACAUUAAGUUAUUACAGAAGCAAAAUAUUUUAUUUUUGUCAUCUGUUUUGGCAUUUUUGUAACAUACUUGACACCUUUCUCAGCAUACUGCUGUAAAAGAUUCUAUUAAUGUUAUUUUUUUCAGAAAUAUUAUUUUUUUAGUGUAAUGUAAUGCUGUAUUGUAAUAAUUUGGAAAAUGUAUUAGAGUAAUUGCAGUAACCAAGUCAAAUUUUUGCAAAGACAAGAUGGUGAAAAGAAAUGGAUUGACUCCAUAGUGAGGUUUUAAAGGCAGGAUCUUGUAAAUUUGAAUUAAUAUGUUUAUUAAUAAUUAUUAUUACUGAUUUAAACAUUUUAUAUUCUUGUAGAAAACCAGUACAGAUGCUCAUUACAGUAUCUUAUUUUAUUUUAGCUAUCUAUCCAUGGCCCUACUUACAUGGAGGUGUUUAGCAAUGACUUGUUGGGUCGUUGUAGUUUUUCUCACCUCUCUAUUUAGCCAGAAUUCAACAACUGGAAGAUUGUUACAUUUGGAGAAAUUUGGCCCAACAUAUGGAAAUAAAACUAAAAUAGGUUUGAAAAUGUUGCCUAAAGCAGCACCUAAUGUUAUUUGCAAGAAACCACAUAGCAGUUACGGGGUUCCAACAUCUGUGGAGAUAUUUGAUGCUAAUCUUUUUUAUCUCGUAAAAGAAAAUGUAAAUGGCAUUUUUGAUCUAAUUCGGGAAAUAUGUGAUUUUAAGCAGAGUGAUUUAUUUCAGGUGGAACGAUAAAUUAUGAGUUUCACACAUUCAUGUAAAUAAGGCCAUAGUUUGCAUUAAUCAAAUGAAUGUAGGAGCGUACCAAACCUGAAAUAGAAUUAUUUUGUUUACAAUUCUCACUUGGCUGUGCUUGCCACACAAUUGUGAAAUUUUGAAAAAAAGGAUAAUAUAAAGAGUCAAUAAAUCAUUAUAAUUUAA